AUGAUCCUACAUUUAAAAACACCUACUGCAAGACAUGAUGGAUUAUAUAAUUCUUGUGAGCAUUUACUUGUUGAUAAAAAUGGCAUAGUAUUUGUUUGCAGCUAUGGUUAUUAUAAUAAUUGUUAUAGUAGAAAAUACAAAUAUUGUAUUGAGUUUUAUAAAAAAAGAAUUUACAAAAAUAUUCAAAAAUUUUUAACUCAAAUCAAAAAAGAGGCAAAUAUAUUUACCAAGAAAGAUCUUGAUAAUGACAACAAUGAUAUAGAAAGUAAUGAGGAAGAAUUUAAAGAAAUAAAAAAGGUUAAUAUUUCAUCUAGAUUAAUAGUGAAAAUAAAUCAAAUAGAGUAUUAG